GCUCCGUAACCCCAAGAACAAAACGUCUUGUGAACACACUUAUGAUCUAUGCUGUUAACCGGUGUUUACUGACUCUACUGGUGGCCAUCGCGGAGCUCGUCACGUGUGUUUGCCUUCCACAAGAUAGCUGGACAAUGGGAUUGGACUUCAUCUUUGCAAAGUUAUAUACCAACUCACUUCUAGCAUCACUGAAUUCCCGGAAGUACCUUCGAAACAAGGAUUCAGUUAUCUCCGAUUCACACAUUGGUACCAUCUGCUUCGUGAACCUGCCGAAGGUCCCGGAUAGCAGAGGUGACGGAGAGAGUUCAAAGGAUUGAGGAAAGCGUCUCCACUGUUGAGUGACUCUUCCUUAUGAGUACUUGUUAAAGGAGACUACAGCGUUCUGGAGGGAGAGGCAUGCUGUGUCUACCAUUCUUUUUUAUCUCUUCAUUCCGAGAUGGGGUGGUGUGUUGCUUCUGUGAAGUA